AUGGUCUUCCUCACGGCGUAUCCCUUCGCGCUCAGUCUCGCGUUCCUGGCGGGAUGGGUCGAGGCGAGCAAGCAGAUCGUACCUGGCGCCACCAUCACCGCGGCUGGCACGAACCAGCACAUGCAGGCCCACGGCGGCGGCAUCAUCCAGGUCGAUUCCGUGUACUACAUGAUCGGGGAGAACAAGCUGAACGGCUCCGCGUACCAGAGUAUCAACUGCUAUUCGUCGACGGAUCUCGUGAGCUGGACCUUCGUCAACGAGGUCCUGGAGCUGGAGAACGACGGCGAUCUGGGCCCAAACCGCGUGGUGGAGCGGCCGCAUGUGAUCUUCAACGAGGAGACGGGCACGUAUGUGAUGUGGAUGCAUAUCGAUAGCCACGAUUAUAAGGAGGCCAAGGCGGGCGUGGCGACGAGUGAUAGCAUCUGUGGGGAUUAUAAAUAUAUGGGAUCGGUACAGCCGCUGGGCUUCCAGAGUCGGGAUAUGAACCUCUUCAAAGAUACCGACGGCACCGCUUACCUGCUUACGGAGGAUCGCAAAAACGGUCUUCGCAUCAACAAACUCUCCAAGGAUUACCUUACGGUGGACUCGCCCGUGCAUCUCUUCAAAGAAUCCUACGAAGCGUCGGCAAUCUAUAAGGAGGGUGGCACUUAUUUCAUGUUUGCGUCGCGCCUGACUGGGUGGGAUCCAAAUGACAAUGAAUACUGCACAGCAAGCUCCCUCAGCGGCCCCUGGUCAUCAUGGACCCCGUUCGUGCCUGUCGGGUCCAAGACGUUUAGCUCGCAGACAGCGGCUGUCGUGAAUGUCAAUGGGGUCGUGAUGUACAUGGGCGAUAGAUGGAAGAAGGAAAACUUGAUGACUUCAACGUAUGUGUGGCUACCGCUUAAGCUGUCGGGCACGACUGCUAGUAUGGAGGACAAAGUGAAUUGGGUCCUGGACAUUUCCGCCGGAACAUGGGCUGCUGGCCCUAAGGAGACUAGCACCGAAGCAGAGGCCAGCACCAACAUCCUCGCCAACGGGGCCAAAGUCAUCGACUGCAAACCUUGCUCGGGUGGAAAGAGCGUAGGCUACAUCGGUGGCUCAACCGGUGGCACACUGACGAUGGAGGUGACGAGUAUCCAGCCGACGAAUAGCACGAUCAGGGUGCAUUAUGUCAAUGGGGAUAAAACGCAGCGCUAUGCGACCGUGGUUGUCAACGAUGUGACCACGGUGAUGGCGUUUGUGCCCACGUCAGGGGGUAAGCCCAUGGAUAGUCUGUUGACGGUGCCGUUGAAGGCCGGGAAGAAUACUGUGAAGUUUGAGGCGUACGAGGGUGGAUGGGGCCCGGAUAUUGAUCGCUUGAUGGUGCCGUCUUAUUGA